UUAUAGAGAGAAAAAAAUAAGAGUAAGAAGAGGGGAGAUUUGCACAGCACAUAUAGGAAUAGGAUAGUUGAAUCUGGAUUCUGGAGGGAGAAGGAAAAGGCAGCAGCAGUAGCAUUCUCACAAAUCCAAACCCUAAUCCCAAAUUGAGCUUCUUCAGAUUGAUUUUGUUUACACCAAUUUCAUAUCUUCAGGGUUUAAGUUGCCACUCCCACCGAACUACCCAUACUCAGCUUCCCAGGAAACAGACACAUACAUACAUACAUACAUACAUUGUUCACGCCAGUCAUAAACACAAACACAAACAAACAGAUUUGUUCUUCACCGAUGUUUUAAAUCCACACUCGGAAUAUAAUCCAAAUGGCAUUUAACAGAACCUCAAAGGGGAAACCAAAGUCAGUGAGAUCCAGAAUUGUAGUGUUGGCCGCAAUAGUGAGUGCAAUAGCGAUUCUGUUUCUACUUUCCUCGGCUGUAUUCACAUCUGGUUCCCAAAAAUCCCAAUACAUUAAGUAUUCUCACAAAGACAGAAAGUACCUGUAUUGGGGUACACGAAUCGAUUGCCCUGGAAAACACUGUGGAUCCUGUGAGGGUUUAGGUCACCAAGAAUCUAGCCUUAGGUGCGCCCUCGAAGAAGCCAUCUAUCUCCGCAGAACUUUUGUUAUGCCGUCCAGGAUGUGUAUUAAUCCUAUACAUAAUAAGAAAGGGAUCCUUCAUCGUUCAACUAAUGCUACUUCCGAGGAUCAGUGGGCAGCAAGUUCUUGUGCCAUGAACUCUUUAUAUGACGCAGAACUUAUGUCGGAGACUGUCCCUGUAAUUUUUGACAAUUCAAAAGAGUGGUAUAGGGUUCUAUCGACCAGCAUGAAGCUUGGAGACAGAGGAGUUGCUCACGUGGCAGGAGUUAGUCGUGUCGAGCUUAAAGAAAACAAUCAGUACUCUGAUUUGUUGCUCAUAAACAGAACUGCUAGCCCUCUUUCUUGGUUUAUGGAAUGCAAGGAUCGAAACAACCGUAGUGCUAUAAUGUUACCAUAUUCGUUCCUGCCCUCAAUGGCCGCAAAAAAGCUAAGAGAUGCUGCAGAAAAGAUCAAAGCUGUACUUGGUGAUUAUGAUGCCAUCCAUGUUCGCCGUGGGGAUAAAAUAAAAACCAGGAAGGACAGGUUUGGUGUGGCAAGGACCCUGCAUCCACAUCUUGAUAGGGAUACCCGCCCUGAGUUUAUUCUUUGUCGAAUAGUAAAGUGGGUUACACCUGGAAGAACCUUGUUUAUUGCUUCAAAUGAAAGGACUCCAGGAUUUUUUUCACCGCUUUCUGCCAGGUACAGAUUGGCAUAUUCGUCGAACUAUAGCCAUAUGUUGGAUCCAGUGAUUGAGAAUAACUACCAAUUAUUCAUGAUCGAGAGGCUUAUAAUGAUGGGUGCUAAAACGCUUAUUAGAACGUUCAAGGAAGACGAGACAGAUCUUAGCCUUACGGAUGACCCAAAAAAGAACACUAAAAAGUGGCAGAUACCUGUUUACAAUGCGGACGAAACUUGCUGAGACAUCUUUACGCCUACUAUUAGUAUGCAAUUCACACGACAUUAAAAAGAACUUUCUAUGGCCAAAAGAAAUCCUUAGGAAGAAAUUCUCGUUUAGUGAAAAAUGAGAGCAUGAUUAAUUUGUGUUGUAAAUUGUGAUGUUAGCUACAGUCAAAAUUUAAUUAAUUCGUUACAGGUAUGUACUUGUCUCACUGUAAAGCUGAAGUGAAGUGACCACUAAUUUUAUAUGCUGGGCACUAGUUUGUGUGUACGGUGUCUCUUGUUACAAACACUGGCUUUACAUGUUCUCUCUUCAUCCUAUGCAACACUUUGAUUGUUUAUAAA